GAGCGCUUUAUCUUUUCCGUUACCUGUACAACCGAUAGUUAGCAAGUGUGCUAAUUUCUAAAUUAAACUGACAUUAGCUAAUGUUACUUUAACUUCUCUUUGGAAGGUUUGCAAAACAGCUCGUCUAGUGCAGACCAAAGACCAGGGAUUCAAACAGCUGAAUUAAAUUGUAAUAUUGUGUUAGCAAAGAUGCCACCUAAGAGACCAAAAAGUGAAAGAAGCAGUGCAAGCAGCAAGGAGAAAGGCAAAAAGAUUCAGCCACCUGCAAAUGUGGAAAAGCCUGGUCAUCCUGAUGAUAUCUUCCCCUUGGUCCUGACAUCAGCUACCCAGGAGCUCUUCGGUUGCCUUGCUGAUGAGGAUGUCACAGGGGAGAGCCCUUACAAGCUGCUGAAAAAAGGCGACAUCAUACAGGACAUUAAGACAAGAGCCGCUGUGUCCGAUUUCAGUCCUGUGAAGCAGAUCGUGCUGGACUACCCAGAGGAAGAGUUAUUGCUGGUUUUUGACAGGGACUUCACCUACGAUCAGAGCUUCUACCUGGUUCUGACUCCAGAGGCGAAGGACAGAAUCCUCAAUCAGCCCCCAAAGCCUGAGACAGUGGAAGUGUUGAAGAAUGAAAUCAAUAAAACCCCAGAGCCAAAGCAAUGGAUUUCUCUUGGCAGUGAGCAGGAAAUAGAUGAAGAAUCUGUCAAAGAGACCAGAAAGAAGCUGUGGUUCAGGUUCUCCAGAGUGCGCAGGAAGUUUGGGGUACCAGUCUGUUUUUCUGACCGCAGUGUUGCAGAUGCUAAGGACGGCUUCCUGGAGUGUGCUUCCUAUAAUGACAGCAGAUUCAGUGUCAAGCAGAUGCAGAGGGACUGCGGGAUGCAGGCUGUUCCCAGACUGCAGAGCAGCAGUGCUCAGACACAAUGGAAGUUUCAGAGGAAUAUUUUUACCCAGUACGUGCCAAGAGAGUUGAGUGAUGAGGAAAAAGAGAACAUCCUCCAGUCUGAGAGUCUGAAGUAUUUUUGCAACUCAGUGACCCCCAGGGUUUUGCGAGCCCUUCAACAGGAAGAGAUUAUGAAUGUGUUCACUGAUGACUGGAAAGCUCUGGGAACAGAAGGUGAAGCCGGUGACUGGUCUCGGAAGGUUUCCGAAGGUUUGAUGUUUUAUCAGGUCUUCACAGACCCCAAGUACACUAAGGACAAGACAAUCAGCAGCAUUAAGUGGCAUCCUAGCAUCUAUGGUGUGAUAGCUGUGGCUUUGAUGAAGAAAAAGGAGGAGCGGUUAAACGAUUCCAUGUUUGUCGCCAGACCCUCCCUCAUUCUCUUCUAUAGCUUCUCUGACCCCUGUAAUCCCCAGUUGCUGCUGGGGUGCCCAGAUGACAUUUACACCUUUGAGUUCUGCCCCUCUGAUCCAAAUAUUAUUGUUGGCGGCUCCAUAAAUGGCCAGGUUGUGCUGUGGGACAUUUCUGCUCACGUCACACACUUGCAGGGAACACAGCCUGGUGGUAAAAAGGCCUCUGUCAACACUGACACAUGCGACUUUGAUGACGGCGAAAAGAAUAAGACUCCCGUCGUGCACUACUGUGCAGUGUCUGCCUUAGAGAGCAGACACAAAGCUCCAAUUACUGAUGUCCAGUGGCUGCCACCAACGUUUGAGGUGACCAGGAUGGGCUUACCGGUGGAGAACAAGUGUAACAUUUCUGUUCAGGUUGCCACCUGCUCCCCUGACUGCACGCUAAUGUUCUGGGAUCUGCGAGUGCAAAAACGGUUGAGCCGGUCAGCAUCAGACAAAAAGCAGAAUGUGGAUCAGAAGACCCAGCCGACACCUCACAGUGUCCCCGACACGUUCAAACACCUUGACCGGACAUGGAAGCCUCUGUUCAGGGUUUCCCUGCCCAAGAUCGAUACCAGAGGAGAAUACGCUCCUUUGAAGUUCAGCCUGGAACACUACACCAGAAAUGAUAAUAAUACAGAAGAAGCUAAUGAAAAUGAUGAUCGCUCCGAGGUCGCCCCAGACUACAGUCAAAUCAGAGUGCCCUCAGCUAAAACACUCACAGCUCUGGAAGAUGUUAAUACAAAGCUUUAUAUUGGAACAGAGGAUGGGGAGAUUGUUUACACUGACUGGAAACUGGAGAAGGAUGACUCUGGACUACACAGUGCCAAGCCCCUCCACUGUUUCAGCAUCCAUCACUGGUUGGUGAAUACAGUACAGCGGUCGCCCUUCUUCAAAGACAUUAUUUUGACAACAGGAGGCUGGAACUUCGCCAUCUGGAAGGAGGGAGUCAUGGACGGACCUAUCAUUCUGUCGGCAAGCUCUGAGCAGGUGUGCACUGUGGGGUGCUGGUCCCUGUCCAGGCCGGCUGUUUUCUUCAUUGGAAAAGAGGACGGCAGCAUUGAGGUGUGGAACCUGUUGGAAAAGACUAACGAACCUGCACAGAUCCAGGAACACGUUGCCAAUGCCAAGAUUACCUGCAUCAAACCCUGGACCGCCUCCUCCAAGCAGCACUUCCUGGCUGUGGCUGAUGACCUAGGAAUGGUCCAUGUUUUAGAAAUCCCAAAGAAACUCUAUGUUCCCUCCAGGAGUGAGAGUUUGAGUGUGAGGAAAUACUUUGAGCUGGAGGAAGGCCGGUUGAAGUAUGUUUUGAAGAAUGAAGAGCUGUGGGCAAAACAGAGGAAGGAUGCUGAAGAACUCAAGAAGAGGACGGAGUUUGACAAGCCAGCAAAAGUCCUGGAAGUGAACGAAGAGGUGAACAAGAAAGAACAUAGUGAUCGUCUGACAAUGGAAGAAAGCAUCCUGAAGGGCAUCGGCCUGUGGACAGCAACUGCUGACACGCAAGAUAGCUGAUAUCGCACACAUUCACGCACACAUGAAUAUGCAGACUGAAUUUUAUAUAACACGUGAAACAGGCUGUUGCUUUUUUUUUAACAAUAUUUGUCAGAACUAUGUAUGCAUUCAUCUGUUUUUUGGGGGGAUGAACUCUACAUGCUACUUUUAUAUGUAAAAAUUUGAGAACAGAGAAAUUUUUGUAGAUUAAUUCUGCAACAUUCAGAAUGUUUGUAGGUUGGGGAUUCAGGGUCACCCAUGGAUUGUUUAUUUAUUCAUUCUCAUCCAACCACCUGAGAUCUAAUUACUGGUAAAUGCAUCCAUUAGUGCCCUCUUCACCACCACUGCCCAAGGACAGUUUGGAAUACCUUAAUGGUCUGAUAUUGGCAGGAAAUCAAUUUAUGCCUCUUUGAUUCAUGACUUUUAUCUUGUUCAGGACUCCUCUAGUAUGUCAAUUGGUUUUUAAUGGCUCAUCUAGCGUGUUGUUGAUAAAGAAAUGAUUUAAUGCUGUUAGUCUCCAGUUAUAACCCAGAAAUGGUCCUCAUGGGGUAAAAUUUAGUAAAAAAAAGUUUACCGUAUGUGUUUUGCUUCAGGUAACAGUUCACACGGCAGCUAUCUGAACCAGUUUUUACUAGGGUAAAACGAUAACAGAUGCAAUUUUCUGUAAAUCAUUCAGAUGAAUUUAUACAUUUUUGAGCUUGGAAAAAUCAUACUGGAUCACAUUGUUAAAGCUGCGCUAAUCUA